CAAUGGAUACAUGGGACUUCUAUACUUGCCUGGUGUCCUUAUGGCUGCACAGAUGUUACAUCUAUUCUGCUGUUGCUUUUGGGAUCAGCAUUUGGAUGGUCAUUCAGUUCACCACCACCAAAACCAAAAAGAAGGUAACUGAACAUGGUGAAAAAUCCAACAGGAAUCCCGCUGCUUCUGAAGGAAUAGAAGACAAACUAGUAAAUGGAUAUACCACCCUGCAGGCAAAGGAGCUCUAUGUUGCUGGGGUAAAGAUUUUCUAUGGGUCUCAGACUGGCACAGCAAAGAGAUUUGCCAAAGGUCUGGCUGAAGCAGUUAUUUCCCUUAAUUUGCCUGUGGAAGUCAUUAGCAUGGGAGACUAUGAUCCAGAUGAUUGUUUAUCAGAGGAGACAACCAGCAGGAACAUUUGUGUGUUCUUGGUAGCUACGUACACAGAUGGACAGCCAACCGAGAGUGCAGCGUGGUUCUGCAAGUGGUUAGAAGAGGCUGCGAAUGACUUCCGCUUUGGGAAAACGUAUCUGAAAGGCCUCAGAUAUGCUGUGUUUGGCUUGGGAAACUCAGUUUAUGUUGAUCAUUACAACACGGUUGGAAGAAAUAUUGACAGGUGGCUGUGGAUGCUCAGUGCCAGCCGUAUCAUGACUCGUGCCGAGGGGGACUGCAAUGUGGCCCAGAGCAAGCAUGGCAGCAUUGAGGCUGACUUUGAAGCCUGGAAAGCCAAGUUCCUCAGCCGGCUCCAGGCACUCUGCAGAGGGGAAAAGAAGCCCUGCAGUGGGAAGUGCAAGAAAGGGAAGUGCAAAUCUCCGGGGAAGCAGAGCAAGGAGAGCUCAGAUCAUGAACACAGGGCAUCAGAAUACGAGAAUACUGAGGCAGAGGAGUUGUUUGAAACCAGUAGUGAGGAGGAGGCUGAUGCUGAGGAAGCUGGAGGCACGAAUUCUGUCAUUGAUGUUGAAGAUCUUGGCAAUAUCAUGAGCCACAUGAAGAAAGCAAAGAGAGAACGUGAGCUCGAGGAAGGAGACGUUGGAACGAGCUUGACUCACGAGAACGCUAGGAGGACAGAGGAGGGUGAAAAGAGAGAGAUGAUAACCCCGGCUCUGAGAGAAGCGCUCACAAAACAAGGUUACAAAUUGAUUGGAAGCCAUUCUGGGGUGAAGCUCUGCCGAUGGACAAAGUCGAUGCUUCGAGGCCGAGGAGGCUGCUACAAACACACGUUUUACGGAAUUGAGAGCCACCGCUGCAUGGAGGCCACACCGAGCCUGGCUUGCGCAAACAAAUGCGUCUUUUGCUGGAGACAUCAUACAAAUCCAGUGGGCACAGAGUGGCGAUGGAAGAUGGACCAACCUGAAAUGAUCUUGCAGGAGGCUAUUGAGAACCAUCAGAAUAUGAUCAAGCAGUUCAAAGGUGUGUCAGGAGUAAAAGCGGAUCGCUUUGAGGAAGCAAUGACAGCAAAGCACUGUGCACUCUCACUGGUGGGAGAGCCCAUCAUGUACCCGGAGAUCAACCGGUUCGUGAAGCUCCUGCACCAGCACAGCAUCUCUAGUUUCCUGGUUACAAAUGCACAGUUCCCAGAUGAGAUUAGGAACCUUGAGCCGGUAACGCAGCUGUACGUCAGUGUGGAUGCCAGCACCAAAGAGAGCCUGAAGAGAAUUGAUCGACCCCUCUUCAAGGAUUUCUGGCAGAGGUUUCUAGACAGUUUAAAGGCCUUGUCUGAAAAGCAACAGCGCACUGUUUAUAGGCUGACACUGGUGAAAGCUUGGAAUGUGGAUGAACUCAAAGCCUAUGCUGACCUGGUAUCCCUCGGUAAACCGGACUUCAUUGAGGUCAAGGGUGUGACGUACUGCGGUGAAAGCUCGGCCAGCAACCUCACCAUGGCCAACGUUCCCUGGCACGAGGAGGUGGUGCGCUUCGUCCAGGAGCUGGCUGACCUCAUCCCCGACUAUGAAAUCGCGUGCGAGCACGAACACUCGAACUGUCUCCUGAUAGCUCACAAAAAGUUCAAGAUCGAUGGCGAGUGGUGCACCUGGAUCAACUACGACCGCUUCCAGGAGCUGGUGCGAGAGCACGAGCGGAGCGGCAGGUCCAAGACUUUCACAGCGGCCGAUUACGCAGCCAGAACUCCUCGCUGGGCACUGUUUGGGUCCAGAGAAAGGGGAUUCGAUCCCUUGGACAUAAGAUACCAACGGAAGAACAAAGCGAGAGACAUCUCUGGGUGCUGAGGGCUUCUUGGAUGAAAAUAUUUAUAACGCUCUCUAUCUCAAGAUAAAUCACAAAUGGUGCAUGCCAGCAAUUUAUCGUUACUGGCAGCGUGAUGAGGGAGGCAGUGGCUGUAGUCUCGGCAGCGGAGAGUGUUUGGAGUUGGAUGUGGAGGGGUAGCGUUCAUUUGACUUCUGUGCCCUGCUGCGAGGAGAGCCCGGCACGUGCUGGCACCCAACUCAGCAACAAAAUGUUCCACGUCCAUAAGGAUAAGUGCCAAGGGGAUUUGAACACCACAAGCUGGUUGGAUCUGUGCAGGUGGGACCGCAGACAGAUCUGGAUCUAAAAGCCUGAGCCCUGCUGGAAGUAUCACUGUACAGACAGUAACAUAGAUUUAUGUAUUUUAAACACUGGUGCCAAUUCCUAUAAAGACCUUGUCCCAUCCCCAAGAAGCUGAAGCUUGGGAAUGGUGUAAGUAACAGCACCCCUAUUAAUAUCGUCUGCACCUUCUGAUAUCUCUCCAAAUAUCUUCCAGCUUCAUGGGUUUGGCAAUGAAUAUUUUCCAAGUAGUUUUAUCCCACUCCCCCAGCAGCCCUAAGCAACAUAUAUAAUUCUUCAAAGCCCCGUUAGGCUCCUGCUGUGUGUGUCUGGUGUCCUGCUGAUGGUGAGGACGUGCUGUGGGGAGCCAGCAGGCUUGGGCGUCAGCAGAUGGCUUCCUUCGCUCCAGCCAGGCAGGUCAGCAGUGUUGCUACUGGUUUGGGUGGAGGCGGUAAUCUGAGAUAAAUGAAAACUGAAUGCGGUUGAGAUCUCUUGUGUCAAGAAACCAACUCCUUUAGUUUGGAGAGGUGACAUUUAGGCACGAGGUCUAGUGACUUGUCUCAGAGAGCAACACCCAGGGACCCUGGGCCAUGCCUGGCACUCUGUUUGGAGGUACUGCAGACUGGCUGGAAAAUUGCAUUUAAAUGAGAGGGGGGCAGGUGGUUUUCUGUUGGGAAAAUCCCCGUUUUCACGUGCCGAUGACCUUUCCCUUUCUGUUUAUGCAACGUCCCUGUCGGCUGCAGUCCCUGAUGAGUUGCAAAGGAUCAGUGUGCAAACAGCUGGGGCAGAGCCCCGAUGUCCGGCCGUGCCUUCAGCUGCCGAAUGGCUGAACUGGGCUACAACACUACUGCUUCCCGGCUAGCCUCCCACGCCUCUGCCGAUGGCUUCCACCCUUUGGCAGCCCCCGAGGCACGGGGCAGCACUGGCUGUUCUCCUCCCUCCCUCCCUGUACCCAGCCAGCCUUUUGGGGUGAGCGGGCUGUGGUGUGGGAGGGCAGCAGACAACGGGGCUCCCCUGUUACCUCAGUCUGCUGCGCAGUGGCUUGACCUGCUCCAGCUGGAGCCCUUGGGCUGGGGAGCCUGACUGCACCAGCUGCAGAAAGAGCUUGCAUUUACACCCAGAGGUGUCAGCUGCCGGUGGGAGGAAAACCGCAGUCAUGCUCGAGUGUUUGUGUUCUCCCGAUGAACUCCAGGAGCGCAGAUCAGAGGCGUUCACAAUGCUCCCACCUUAAUGGUGAGGUCCAUAAGCCUGCGAGGCCCAGCGCCUGCCGCACUGUGGAUAGGACUGUUCCUGAGACUGUGGUUAUUUUUAAAAAAGAACCUCAUUUCUUAAACUGUAAAAAGUGUUUAUAAAGAAGAAAGAAAAUAAAGUCAUUUUUCCCUAGA